AUAGGCCACAAUAAAGAUGACCACGUAUGAAAAUUUAAUGUCCGCGCCAGAGAACAGCAUAGAAUUAAGGAAAAAUAAAAUACAAUGAAACAAAAUGAAUGCAUUAUAACGGGAAAGCGCACAAAGGAUAUUUAUAAUGCAUGAAUGGAAUGGGGGAGUAGAAAUUUAUUAAUAAAAUGGAGUAUACUUCUAUUAUUGCACUGGUAGUAAUAAGAAAAAGGUAUGAUAAUAAAUUUCCCUGUAAAAUGCAUGCCAAAGUAUAAAUAAUGAAGCGCAAAAGAAACAAACUCUACAGAAAUAUAUUACAUUUUGAAUGAACGUAAGAGAAUAAUAUAUUACAAGUACUUACAAAUAAAUCAAAAUAUCCAAAUGCUGAAACUGCUGCAGCGGAAGAUUGCUCGGCAAGCAAACAACACUGCCGCAUAAUUGUCCACCAUGUGCCAAACGCACUCCUUCAAUAAAACAAUUAAACAAAAAACGAAGUUUAAUAACAAGUAAGAGGUUUCAUAGCUGCAUCAUCCCUCUGUCAUCCUUGGCUCAGCUCAGAACGUAAUUUUAGCAAUUUUGGAUAGUCAAAACUAAAGCCAAUCGUCGUUGCACGUAAUGAAGACAUUCCCCUGCACGUCUGCGACGCAUUUACUAUCGUUAUCGUUAUCGCGAUCAUUAUUUACAAUUAUUCUUUUACUAUUAAUUGGAAAUUUUGAUUUAAACAUUUUGUUGUUGCCAACAAGCAGCAAUCAAAGCAGUAUCGGCAAAGUCUCAGCGGAAGUAUUCACUUUGGGUUACUUAACAGGCUCGCAGCGAAGUCCGGGAAAUUUGGACUAUCAGCGACCAGGCAUCACCAUCUCAGGCGCCAUUACACUCGCCGUGUCACAAGUCAAUGCUGGCAAACUUAAAGCACUCGGCCAUUCGCUGGAGUUCAUUGUGGCGGAAACAUACGGCGAUGAAGUGUCGAGCAUACGCCAAACAGCUUCAUUGUGGACGAAACAAGUAGCCGGCUACAUCGGGCCACAAGAGACGUGUGUGCACGAGGGUCGCAUGGCGGCCGCCUUCAAUUUGCCAAUGAUUUCAUACUAUUGUAUGCACCGCGACACGUCCAAUAAGCAAGACUUUCCCACUUUUGCGCGUACUCGUCCACCUGAUACACAGAUAUCCAAAUCGGUGGUUUCUCUGCUGUUAGCCUUUAAUUGGACGCAGGUAUCAUUUUUGUUUCUGGACAGUCCACAUAGUCCCUAUCACCCGGUUGCGGAGACAAUACAAAACAUUUUGCAUAAUGCAGGAGUGAAUAUACGCGACGUACAAACCUGGAACACCAUUUAUCACCAUGGCUUCAUGGCGAACCCUUUCGAUGACUUGGUGGAGCGCACCUACAAAAACACUCGCAUUUAUCUCAUUCUUGGCCAUUACUAUGAGCACGUCGGCCUGAUGGUCAGUCUGGAGCGCAAAGGUCUACUCGCCAACGGUGAAUACUUUGUCGUCGGCAUCGACAUUGAACAAUAUGACCCAGCAAAUCCGGAUAAGUAUUUGCGCGGUUUGCUGUUGGAGAAAAUCGAUUUAAGCGCAGAAGUGGCUUUCCAAUCGUAUGUGGGCAUCUUCCCAACAGCGCCGGCCUCUUUUGCCAAGUUUGCCAAGGAGGUGAAUAAAUACAUGGAACUGCCACCGUUCAAUUUCCCCAACCCUCUAGGCUAUUUUGGGGGAGCAAAGCAGAUCAGCGCCGAAGCUGCGUAUCUCUACGAUGCUGUUCAUUUGUAUGCAAAUGCGCUAAUAAAAGUUUUGAAGUCUGGUGGCAAACCCAAAAAUGGCACCGCUCUUAUUUCAGCCAUAAAAGGUUCGAAAUACUUGAGCGCCAUGGGCUACCACGUCUAUAUCGAUGAGAAUGGCGACGCAGCUGGCAAUUAUACAGUAUUAGCGCGGGGCUAUGCGCGGAAUAGUAGAAAUCUGACACUUCCUGGCCUAGUGCCGGUGGGGACAUUUAGUCAAACACAAAGUGAUAAAUUACCUGAUCUCAAUUUAUAUGGCAAAAUCCAUUGGGUGAGCGGGCAUGGGCGUCCAGCAGCGGAGCCGAAAUGCGGUUUUGCGGGCGAGAAGUGCAUUAGUUAUACGGGCGAGAUAUCCGCGGGUAUCGCUGGUGGGGCGUUGCUGCUGCUCGGGAUUAUCUCGUUGGUUUUGUAUCGUAAUUGGCGCUACGAACAGGAGCUGGAUAGUUUGUUGUGGAAAAUUGAUUUUCGAGAAGUGCAAAUGCAUGAAAGCGAAAAGGAAACGUCUAGUCAAAAGCAAACAAGGGCCACACAUCCUCUCAUACGCACCAGUCAGGUGAGCCUGAGUUCAAAUCCCGAUGCUGAUUUUCGUUAUACGACAAUUUUCACACCCAUUGGACUCUACAAAGGUCAGCUGUACGCCAUUAAAAAAGUACGAAAAAAAUCGGUUGAUAUAACGCGCGAAAUGAAGAAGGAAUUGAAGUUGCUCCGCGAUACACGCCACGACAAUAUAUGCGCUUUCAUUGGUGCCUGCACAGAUCCACCGAACAUUUGUAUCAUCACUGAGUAUUGCACAAGAGGCAGUUUGAAGGAUAUAUUGGAAAAUGAGGACGUCAAGCUGGACAACAUGUUUAUCGCAUCAAUGGUCGCUGACAUCAUACGUGGUGUCAUCUACUUACAUGAAUCGCCCAUUCGUUUUCAUGGUUCGUUGUGCACCUCCAACUGCCUCAUCGAUUCACGCUGGGUUGUUAAGCUGACCGAUUUCGGGCUCUUCGCCUUCAAAAAGGGAAUGGAGGACAACUCAACGGAAGUCGCAAACAUGACGGCUAAGUGCACAAAGUUACUUUAUCGUGCACCCGAGUUGCUGCGACAAGGACCUGCGACCCUCGUGCCCGGUACACAAAAAGGUGAUUCAUAUUCCUUCGGCAUUGUGCUGUAUGAAAUUCAUAUACGCCAUGGUCCUUUCGGCGAAACCGGACUCACGCCCAUGCAAUGCCUGCAAAAAGUACUCCAACCCCAAGAUCAUCUUUACCCAUAUCGUCCGUCGUUGCAACCAUUGGAAACCUCUUUCGAUUGUGUUCGUGAAAUUUUGCGUGAAUGUUGGUCCGAACGUCCAGAAGAACGACCCGACUUCAAGACGAUACGCGCUAAAUUACGUCCCCUCCGCAAGGGCAUGAAACCGAAUAUAUUUGACAAUAUGAUGGCUAUGAUGGAGAAAUAUGCGAAUAAUUUGGAGGCGCUGGUCGAUGAACGCACCGAUCAAUUGCAAGAGGAAAAGAAGAAGACUGAUGCGUUGUUGUUGGAAAUGUUGCCACGCCCCGUUGCGGAGCAAUUAAAGAAGGGGAAUAAAGUGGAUCCGGAGAGUUAUGAGCAAGUGUCGAUAUAUUUCAGUGAUAUUGUGGGCUUUACAGCGAUGUCGGCGGAGAGCACGCCAUUGCAGGUGGUAGACUUCUUGAACGAUUUGUAUACCUGCUUUGAUUCCAUAAUCGGACACUAUGAUGUGUACAAGGUCGAAACGAUUGGGGAUGCAUACAUGGUGGUCUCUGGUCUACCGAUCCGCAAUGGCGAUUUGCACGCCGCCGAAAUCGCUUCGAUGUCCCUCCACCUGCUCAGUGCCGUGUCCGAAUUCAAAAUACGUCAUCGUCCCACCAACAAACUGCUACUGCGCAUAGGCAUACACACAGGCCCCGUAUGCGCCGGUGUGGUGGGUUUGAAAAUGCCACGCUACUGUCUAUUCGGUGAUACUGUGAACACUGCAUCCCGCAUGGAAUCGAGCGGUGUGCCACUGAAGAUACACUGUAGUCAACAGUGCCGCGAGUUGCUGGAAAAGUUGGGUGGCUAUCAUUAUCAGGAACGUGGCGUCAUCACUAUGAAAGGCAAAGGCGAUCAGCGCACCUAUUGGCUGUUGGGGGAAGACGAAGAGGCGCGCAAUAAACGCAACUAUGAACGCUCGCAGCGACGUGGUUCGCGAGCGCUUAACAAAUUUAUACAGGGUACCAUUAAGCAGAAAGGUCAGCAGCAGACAACAUCAGCAUUGGUGGAUUAUGGAAUACGUUCGUCGUUGAAAAAUAAGGGCAUGCCGCGCAACUCGCUUACGCGUUCUUCCAGCCUAGAAUCACCUAAGAAAUUACGCUUUGCUACUGGCAGUCUGCUCGAGCAUCAUCGCUACCACAGCGAUGAGGCGCUCUUGGAGGUCAUCACCGAUUCGUAUACGGGUGUGCGGCGUUCUUCCGGCGGUUCGACGCAUUCACGUUACGAGGAGUCAACACUCUCUGGUGGUAGCAACGAUGAACUUACCAGCUGGCAACGUCAACGCAGACCCUCCUCCUAUCCAACAGCUAAUACGCCACUGCUGCUCAAUCAUGUGGAGACCUGACAGAGUGCGAAAGAAGAGUAAGGCAAGAGCAAAGGCAAUUGUGCCGAGGAAAGGAAAGAAUCAAAUACAGGAAUUUAGUAGACUAUUUAAAAAAUUAGUGUAUUCAAGGAAAAGUUAACAAGAAGUAGUUAAUUAUUUUCAUUUUAGUAUUUCUCAGCUGUAAGCAAUUUCAGGUUCGGAUAGCGAUGCAGGAACGUAUUUUAGUAGUAUCAGUGUAUGUACUUAUUGUAUCUACUGUGAAGUGAAAGUAAGCUUAAAGCUGUGCGGCAUAUACUUAUAAUUACAACAACUCAUGCAUUUGGAAAACUUAAAUUUUCAAUAACUACAAAUGAAUUUAAAUUACUCGUAAUUAAUUGUUAAGCAUUUUAAGUAAUAUUUAAAGAAAUAAGUUUAAAAAAAAUAAAUUAGUGUUACUCGUUGGUGAUUGCCAAGUUCUAGUCGUUCGUUAAGUGUAAAAUAUAUUAAUAUUAAAAAAAUAUUAUAAAAAACUUAAUAACAAGUAUGGAAGAGUUUAGGUGCGAGUGAAAUAUCGCGCAUUUUCUUUCGAAUAAAGGGUCACACGAAAUUAGCUGUAAAUCACUGUAGGUAUUUAGAGUCCAUUUAAUUAAACUCACUAUUUUUCUAGCGGCCACCGUGUCCGAAUGAGUUGGUGCGUGACUACUAUUCGGUAACCCCUCGGCAAGUAAUGACAAACCUCCGAGUGUAUUUCCAUCUUGGAAAAGCUCAUCAUAAAGCAUAUUAGUUUGGGGAAAUACAAAUCCAUUAUUUUUGCGAAAAUGGUUUAAAAUUGUUUUAUGGUCGAUUUUUAGCUCCUGAGCGAUGCUACAACUACUAACAUGUCGGUAAAUUUUUAUUAUUUCCGUAAUUCUGUCGACAUUUUCUUUAACAUCAAAAAUGCCUGAACGGAAUAGACAAAAUCAAACUUGCACGUAAUUAACUGUUACAGUAUCGGCGCCAUAACAAAACAAAAAAAAAAAAAACACUAUUCACAAUUUCAGCGGCCCAUAUGUACCGAACUCUCUCUUUGUUGACUGCCAUUGUUAGUACGCUGUAACUCACAAUUGAAUGGGACAAACAGAAAAGAGCAAACGAAUUUCUUUAGUGUGAAACAUCAUCUUCACCACGAGUAUAAACUUUUAAUGCUUUGAUCGAUAUUUUAUGAGAUAUCGAUCACAACACCCAUCUACCGAGAAAAUAGUGCUACAGAGAAAUAAUAUAGGCAAUAGGCGAACAUUAGCGCCAAUUAAGAAGAAGAAGAAGAAUAGGCGAACAUACGGAUGUGCAAAAUUUAAAUGCUGUUUACUCUUAAACAUCUAAAGUUUCCGUUUAAGCUGUAAGUUGCAGCCGAUAAAUACGAUUAGAGAACGCAUAAACGAUAAGAUGGAACGAAAAAAAUAAACAAAAACAAAUCUGUAACAACUGAACGGGAAUACAGCUCUGGAGAGUUAACAUUUGAAUAAAGGUUUAAUAGCAUUAACAUUCUCUGGUUUAACAGAGGUGUACAGAAAAAAAAAAUACCAAUACGGUUUAGACGCGAUAGAAGUGAAACCUUCCGUAAAACAAACUGAGAGAGAAUGAGACGAAAGCAGCAUUAGGAGGUUCAUUAUAAUAUUGCUAUAAAGUUCAUAUUUUAUUUUCUUCAAUAUUUUUUUUCAAAUUCAACAAAUGAUAGGAGUGGCUUAUGAUAGCUAAAAUAUGAUACAAAUGCUUUGGUUUCGAUGUUGUCAACAUAUCUUUGAAAUACCGCGUCAAUUGUUGUUUUUGAUCGUGUUGUCGAUUCAGUGCGAUUGUUACACAUUUUUAAAUUGAAUGUUCUAUUGAGAAAGUCAAUUAAAGGAACCGCUGUAUCCAAUGCAAAAUUUACGUUAAAAUCGCCACUUAAAAUCAUUGGAACUUUAUCGUAAUCUUUUCUAAGUAUCCGCGAUACUUCUGGUGUAUACUUUAUUUUUUCUGUCGAUAUUCACGACACUUUUCUGCAUUGUUUUUCAACAUCAUUGAGGUAAAUAUUUAGAAAUGAAAAAAAUAUUUACUAAUAUAAAAAUACGGACGCAAUACAGCACACGCGGUUGCUAUUUUGAGCGUCGUAACGCGUAUAUUACACAGACGUACUAACAUACACACAAACAUUCGUAGGGCGCUUAGUCUAAGCAACUAUUAGGUAGUGUAGUAUACAUACUACAAUACUCACUAUACUAGCGUGGCUCAGCAGUACGCAGCCACACACAUAUACGUAUGUCAACAUAUAACGCUUCGUAGCCAAGAGUGGUGUCGCUUUUUCGUUUCAUCGAGUCUCAAAUCACUCCCAACGAUUCUAAAGAAGUUUUCACUUCAAAAUGUAACAUUGAUUUGACAUUAGCAGCGGUUGAAAUGUUAUGGUAGGUUCUGCUGCAGAAAUCAGGGCCAUUUCGUUUUUAAUUUGAAAAUUGUAUAAAAAUGUAAUAAAACAUAAACCACAGUUCAAGGACUUUUUAAAAAUUCAGUUUAUUUUAAAAUCCAUGAACUCAGACCAAUGUAUCAUUUAUUUCUACGCAAAAAAUACCUGCUUUAAACAUCCAUUUAAUUUUUUUAUUUUACUUUUUUUCAUUACGUUGAAAAAUAUUCCUGCAUAUGUUAUUUGCUGCCGAAUUAAAUUAAAUUUCAAACGCUGGGUGAACCACCUUGUAAAAUUGCAUUUACUUUAUUUAAGCAGAUUAUGAGACGACUGCCUUUCUUAGGAAAUGAUUUGCUGGCUUAUUAACUGCAAUUUCUCUGUGCAACCAGCAAAUUACCUGCAAGUACCUAAGACAAACUGGUUAGUUCGUUCCUUCCCGACAGUCGGUUCUACAUUACUGGAACAACCCGGAUUUACUAUAUAUCCGGCGAAGGACUGUCACUACAGCAGCACUCUCCGUACAUGUAUGGGGAAUGUUUUUUGUUACAACAACAAAAACAAACUGGUUAGUUGGUUCCCCCAGUUUCUCAACAUCAAGCAGAUCUCUAGGAUUACGUUAGGUUUUCGUCGACUCCUAAAAACUCGUCAAAAAGGCUAUUCCAUACCUACAUCAGGUCAAAGUAGAGAUAAACUCCCAAUAAAUAAUUUGUGUUUUACCCAAUUGAAGAAUAAGGAAACGAGUAACUGCCUGCUUUUCUUUACUGUUUGCUUUAAGCUGCAGUUUUAUGAGUACUUAGUAGAGUAGGCCGCAGUAGCCGAAUGAGUUGGUGUGUGAUUACCAUUUGGAAUUCACAGAGAGAACGUAGGUUUGAAUCUCGGUUAAACACCAAAAUUAAGAAAAAGUUAUUUCUAAUAGCGCCCCACGGCAGGCAAUGGCAAACCUACGAGUGUAUUUCUGCCAUGAAAAAGCUCCUCAUAAAAAUAUCUGCCGUUCGGAGUCGGCUUGAAACUGUAGGUCCCUCCAGUUGUGGAACAACAUCAGGACGCACACCACAAAUAGGAGGAGGAGCUCGGCCAAAUACCCAAAAAGGGUGCACGCGCCAAUUAUAUAUAUAUAUUUAGUAGAGAUUUUAGAGUAACUUUAAAAUAACUCUCAGAGCGCAACCCACUUUACCGUGAGUUCCUACGAACCUGCCAAUUUUAAUGUGUCUUCACUUCCAAAUUUCCACUUGCCGUAAAGUCACUUGCUAAUAAGGAUACCUUUUUUUGCUUUAGGAAAACUAUAAUUUAUGCACUUUUUCCAAUAAAGAGUAGACGCAUAGCUUUGUGGACCUCUAUAUGUGGACCUAGUCAAUAUAAAGAAAGUGGAGCAAUAGUCCUUUGAGGAACUGCUAGAUAUAAGAAACAGGGAGGGAAUAGAAAGAAAGAAAUAUAAAAAUAUUCCGCACAUCAUAUCAAUUAUCCACACCAAGUUUUUUUUUGGGAAAGCGAAAUAGUUGGAAAACAUGUUGAAAUGAUUCGUCCUUGCCAAUUUCCAACCACUAAUCGUAAUAGUGACUUGAGAGGGUGGUAAUGCCCAACGCAUGGUCUAACCACCUUUUCACAUGUCCCACUAAACGCACUCGUCUAACACCCCUCUCACUCUGGACCCAACCUGUCGACACAGCAAGUUUCUUGGACCUACCUUUAGAUGAAUUAGACGCCCGGUGAUAAACACUACACUGACAGGGCUUAGUAUUGCUGCUACAACAACAACAACAGCAACCUAACGCAUGAAUAGAUUAUAAAGCUCGUUCCUAAACUUACACCCGGUCAAAGGCUACCAUUACAGCAUAAUUUCUCAAAAAGUUUAGGGGACAGAUUUUAUGCUGCUACAACAAUAAGAAAAUUAUCACAACUUCAUCUUGGGUUAGCUUGAAUUUUCAGCCACAUGUCGAGUGAUACUUAGAUAUUUUACUUGCAAUGAUUUUUCAUUUAGCGUAUAGGAUAACAACAACCGUUCGAUGAUUUUUGUUCGGGGCUAGUAGGGGUGCUCCCUUGAACUUGAACAAGUUUUGAAAACUCUGAAAAUCUCGAAACAUUUCCAAAAUCGAAAAAACUGUCCAGACUUCUAUAAAAGAUACAUUUGGUGAUAGCAACCUCGAAAAUUCUCUCGUAAGUUUCAGUGGUGCCCUUAUAAUCCAAGAGCCACAGAAAAAGUUGAACUUAAAAUGAAUAAUAGUUCACACUAGAAAAUGAUAAUGGAAGCACUAAUUUUGGGAUUUAAGCUGGCAACAAAGAAUAAAUUUUUCUUCGAGUACAAAGUUUACACUCAGCUGAACGGCUAAUUGCUGAUUUUCGUAAGAUAGGAUGAAAGAUUUUAUCUUAACAUUUUCCUUUAUUAGAAAUCUAAAUUGAAUUUUGUUUUUAAAAUGAAUCUCAUUUCUAUAUCAAUUUUUAUUAUAGGUGUAGAUCAAAUGUGAAAACAGUGUCUAUGAAUUUACUGUUAGAUUAACCGUAAUUUAAAUGAUAUUAAGUAAAUUUAUUUAAUUUUUAUAUGCUGUGACGUUGUACUUCCAAAUUUAGUACUAA